GUUUGUGGGGUACGAGAAGUGAAAAAGUUAAACACCAACUUUAUACGUUUUUGGAAGUUCUGGGCGAAUCCGGUGAAGCGACUGUGGGGAGUGCGAUUUUUUUUCCUUUCAGCGUGCGUGCGUCUGUAUGUGUGCCGUUCUUGAUGGUGUGCAGUUUAGUGGUUAAUCUGUGAACGUGUGCAGAGCAGUGUGCCAGCGGCGUGAAAUAGAUAGCUAGAUAGAGAGAGAGAGAGAGUGAGAGUGGUCGUUCAUCGAAACGGAGCACAGCAUUUUGGCGUGAAUUCGGCCAACCGACUACAUCAAGCGCUACAAUCAUGGGGAACAUACAUACCGUCGGACCUAAUGAGGCCCUCAUCGUAUCAGGUGGAUGCUGUGGCUCGACGAAGAAGCGCACCAUCGUCGGCGGCUGGGCCUGGGCCUGGUGGCUGGUGACGGACGUGCAGCGGCUGUCGCUCGAAGUGAUGACGCUCAACCCGAUGUGCGAGAUGGUCGAGACGGCCCAGGGUGUCGCCCUGACCGUGACUGGCGUGGCACAGUGCAAAAUCAUGAAGGCCGACGAACUGCUCGGUACCGCCAGCGAACAAUUUCUCGGCAAAACGGUGAAGGACAUCAAGGCGACAAUCCUGCAAACGCUCGAAGGUCACCUACGCGCCAUCCUCGGAACGCUUACAGUCGAGGAGGUGUACAAAGACCGCGACCAGUUCGCGGCCCUGGUGCGCGAGGUCGCGGCUCCUGACGUUGGCCGAAUGGGCAUCGAAAUACUGUCCUUUACGAUCAAGGACGUGUAUGACGAUGUGCAGUACUUGCAGUCGCUCGGUAAGGCGCAGACGGCGAGCGUCAAACGGGACGCCGACUCCGGUGUGGCCGAAGCGAACCGGGACGCCGGCAUCCGGGAGGCCGAGUGCGAGAAGAGCGCGAUGGACGUGAAGUACUCGACCGACACGAAGAUCGAGGACAACGCCCGGAUGUACAAGCUGCAGAAGGCGAACUUUGACCAGGAAAUCAACACUGCGAAAGCCGAAUCACAACUAGCGUACGAGCUACAGGCGGCCAAAAUUCGCCAGCGGAUCCGUAACGAGGAAAUCGAAAUCGAAAUUGUCGAGCGCCGCAAGCAGAUCGAGAUCGAGACGCAAGAGAUCAACCGGAAGGACUGCGAACUGUCGGCCACCGUGAAGCUGCCGGCCGAGGCGGAGAGUUACCGCGUGCAGACGAUCGCCGAGGGCAAGCGCACGCAAACGGUGGAGAAUGCCCGGGCCGAGGCGGAGCGCAUCAAGAAGAUCGGAUCGGCCGAAGCGUACGCCAUCGAGCAGGUGGGCAAGGCCGAGGCGGAGCGGAUGCGCAUGAAGGCGAACGUCUACAAGAUGUACGGCGAUGCUGCGAUUAUGAACAUUGUGCUCGAAUCACUACCGAAGAUUGCUGCCGAAGUUGCCGCACCGUUAGCGAAAACGGAAGAAAUCGUCCUGAUCGGCGGCAACGACCAGACCACGGGCGAUGUGACGCGCCUCGUCGGGCAGCUACCACCGGCCAUCAACGCGCUCACCGGCGUCGACCUCUCGAAGGUGCUGGGCAAGAUUCCCGGUGCGAAAGCAUAAUAAACGGCCACCGGAACCACUCCGAGGGCGCGCGAGGUGUGAGCGCAUACGACGGCCGACGUCAGCCGAACAUUGGACGAACCGAACGAACCGAACGAAAAGCCAAUGCCGUGUGUCGGGAGCCGCCUAAAACCCACUUUUCACUCACUUACAUCCUUUUCGCUUCGGCUACACCCUUUAACGAUACUAUCCUAGGAAAUUCAAUUCCCGAACCUUUCGUGUGCCGUCUACGAUCGCGAGAUGGGUUCACAAAUUAACAAACACACACUUGGCCUCAAAUCGACACAAGUGACCACAAGAUUGCGAUGCUCCCGCAUUCUAGUACGAUAUUAUGACCGUUAGGUAAUUGUUUCAAUCGUAUCAUGAUUUCAACACAUUGUCUUUGUUAUUUACUGUGGUGUGUUUCUUUUGUUACGUUUACUUACGUUCAAUCGAUCGUACGGCGAUUGAUUGGUUCAACGGUUGACGAUUGUUUGCCUGUCCUUCGACCACACAAAAAAAACCUCAGACCAGACGGACAGACGAACAUUUAGCAGUUAAGACUCGUACACACGCGUACGCCACGUGUUUAUGAUAAUUCAUUUUUGUAAGCCUCCGGACCUCAGCGUUCAUAGAGUUAAUUCCAAGACCAUCCAAGCGAUAGGUGCAACACUUCGGAACGACCGUAAAUCGUUCGAAUUUAAGGUUUACUCAAAAAUUCAAUGCAACUAAUCUACUCAUCAACACCAAGCCAGUUUAUGUAUGAUCAGUUUCGAUGGCAUUCUUUACCAUCCUUAUACUUUAACCGAUCUAUUCGCGAUCCGCAUACGAAUGCUUUGCAAACAAACAAGUAAAUGUGCUACAGAACAUGUAAUUCUGUACAUAUUUACGAGUGGGCGCAAAGCAAAGGAAAUCGUGAUCGCCACUACUAGCCUUCGGACAACGCGCUCUUGUCGCGCUCGUAACAGUUUAGUUUAAGGUUGCGGGUUUAUCUUUAAGUUCUGUUGAUUCUUUGCAGUAGUAAUUGUUUAUUAUACAUUUAUUUUUUUUUACUCUUAAGGAAGAAUUAUACAUUAUAGGCCUACGUUUUGGGAACGGAUUACUUUUACUCUAUUAUAUUUGUAUUUUCAAUAUACGUUCGGCGAUCGUUUGAUGACUACUAGAGCAUGGUCACUUUGCAUAAUGGUAUUCUUCAAUUUAGAAUAAUGUUUCGGAACUCAAAUGAUCACCGCUGUUCCCAGCUCAUUUGGAAGGCUUCCGGUGGCCAAAUUUUGUUUGCUAAAUCCGUGAACACAACUGUGAGUGUCGAGGCAACCAAAAUAUUUCAAAGCGGGAGUGAAAUUAAACACCAAAAACAUAUUAUGCGGUGGCCGUCGAUCAAAAGUGCCAUCUGCCAUAACAAAAGUGAACAAACUCGCGCGUGCGACUUCAUUUUGAAUCUUUAUUAACGAUAACGAUGCGUGCCAUAUUUGUAUUGUUUCGGAGGGGUUUUAUUUUGCCGACUAACAACACAUGGAGACCGAUCUCCUGCUUAAAACCGCGAAGUCGUCCCAACAACACCGUGUACAGAACAUCGAACAACGAGCUCCAAACGAAGGUUUCGCUUUUAUUUGGAGGUUUUUCAUCAUUUUCAUUCAACAUCAUCACUGUAUUGUUUAUGUGAUGUUUCUUUCCUUCUACAACGUUACCCAAACGAAAGGACAUUUCUCCCUACAUAAAGUGUAUCAGUUCGUAUUGGGCGAUAGAAAUACGAGUCCACUCACGCGCCACAAGCAUGCGUUCAAAGUCAUUCAGAAUCGUCAUCUCAAUCUGGCUCCCAUUAGUCUCGGAGUAUUACCAAACAUUGCCACGUACUGCACAACGGCGCCUAGACAUCAUUGUGCGCGAGGAACGAACGAAACACCCUACACACUGUACAAAACACACCAACGGAACACCGAUCCGUACCGAACCGACCGAUGUAAUGUAAAAUAUCUCCAAAGGACUACUCCCUUCUUCCACUUCCGCUUCUCUUUCGGGCCAUAGCGAAUUCCCGUCGAGCGAUCACGUUUAGAAACCCCCGCGUCCCCCGCCGUCCCGGUAGAGUGCGCAUACAAAAAAGGAAAGCUAGGCACCGUGUCCUUAUCCUCGCCUCGCCACCGUAUCAAUCAGUGGCCAAUAUGGCUACACACGUGCGCCGUACUCUGCUGCUCCGCUUGUUGCCUUUCGUGUCCCUCCUCUAGGUCGCCUCCAUAGAAAAAAAACUCCGAAACUCCGACGCGCAAAAGCAAUGAAGUGCGCACUAGGAACAUACUAGGAAAGUAAUACCAGUAAACGUAGCCAGAAGCAAACGAAACUAGCGAAAAAGAUAAACGUAUAAAAAACAAAUGUAACUCGAAAAAACCCGUAGCCAAGAGAGAGCGCGCCCAAGUUGAAUGGUAGAAUAGCAGCAAACACAAACUGAGUAGCCCGAAAACAGAGAGAGAAGAAAACCGGAAAACAAACAAACAGCCGAGGAAACAAAAGUAUAAAAAGCUAAAACAAAUGAAAACAACAAAACAGAAAAGCAGAAAAUUGUAUAUUUUUUAUACUCCUUAUAUAAGAAGGGACUAUUGAUGGAGCCGCGUGUGAAGGAGCAACCGAUCGACACGGAAACACACACACACACACGCAGACGAAACACUGACGACAAACCAAAGCAACCGAAGAAGCAACAAACAACAGCAAUGUGUGUGUGUGUGUGGUUCGUUCGCAACAACUCCAACCAAACACACACACAUACUGUCACACAUGUAAUACAAAUCGACAAACUUUAAAUAGGCAGCACUAGUGCUGGGUUUGCUUGAUACGGUCAAAGUAGGCACUCGGUGCGCGGUUCUGCAUUUAACGCCGGCAACCGAUGGCCGGUGUGUUUCCGUUUUCCUGCGUACCGGGAAUGUAGCCAAUUUUCAGUCCACCAUUUUUGUGGUCACCAUCGCUCCUCGGUCAUCGAGUGACCGGAGAAUGACAAGGCCCGACGGUUGAAACUGCAUUUAAUAGAGCACCACGGAGGGAUAGAGGAUGGACCAAAUAGCCUGGCGUGUUGUAAAUUUAGCAUAAUUACACCAACGCGGCGCGGGCAGGCUAAUAAGAAGUCCUUCCAUUGUUGCGCCACAAACUACACAACACGGAGAAGAGGAAAAACAAAUGCCAUGUUACCAACAGAGACGUUUAACACACGAUCUUACCGGAACACGAAGGAGCAUCUCAAUGAAGCGAUUUACAUACCUACACACAUUAAAGAACAUUAAAACCAACAACACAAGCGCUAGACAUAAGAAGUAUCGUUUACGUCGAAAGGAUCGAUUGUUUCACACCAUAAUGCUAUGUACUGCACACAAACAUACAUCACGCUCACUGACACUCCAACACACUCUGUCGUUACUGUCGGGCAUCGAACAAAACAAACGUGUAAUUGCCGCGCCUGUGGAGCGCCGUCCCCAACAAAAAAACUGUGUUCGUUCUCUAGUUAAGUAAACCAAUUGUGUAUCUGUGCCGUGUGCGAGUGCUGCUUACUUUCUGUGCGAUUGCGAUUAACGAUGUUAACAAGUUUUCGGAUAAAGAAGGAGAAGUGGAUCUUAGUAGUCGCGCUGCUCGGGGCGCAAUCCGGAUCGAUCGAUUAACGGUAGCCAAAUUCCCACAUCCCGUCGUCCCGUGUACACUCUAUUGUUUCGAUCGCGUUUCCAUCAAUGUUUGUAGUGACAAAUUAACGCGCGUAACGCUUGGUGAUCACAGAGCCCCAACCAACCUCCGCCCUGUUUUAAAUUGUGUCCUCUCCAUUUCGCAAUACCGAGCAAUACACACUAAGAAGAGCGUAAGAACCCUGUAAAAUCUACCAACAGAUGGGAGAGAAAGCAAACGCAAACGCAGGACUAUAAACGACGCAGAAAACAAGAAUUACUCCGCACCGAUGACGAUAGAAGAUGAUG